CAAUCCGCCAAUGUCAAAUUUGAUGUGGCUAUUUGUUUGUAAGUUAACAAUUUUUACUUUAUAUUAUCGUCAUUAAUAGUUAUUUCUUACAAGAUAACUAUGUUAACCACUGAAAAAAGUAGUGAUAAAAAUGAGGAGCCACCUGAAGAGCCAUCUCUUGAGACAUCCGAAGAAAGUGAAAAACUUGCAGUGUCUGAAUAUAUAUCUAGUUUGGAAGCCAGAAUAAAAUCUAAAGGAGAUAUGCGAAAUCAAAAUCUAAAUUGUGUUCGGCCUCCAGAAAAUCAUUUUUCGAAAUUGGAUUCUGGAUUAAAAAAGAACACUACAUUUGUGAAGAAGUUAAAAUCUUUCAGUGCAUCUCAGAUUGAUGUCCUCCUUAAGGACUUUAGCGUUUUGAAUUUAACAAAGUACAUAUCUGAGGUUGCUGCAGCUAUUACCGAAGCUAAAUUGAAAAUGUCUGAUAUAUCUGCUGCUAUAAAUUUAUGUUCUGCUCUUCACCGAACAUAUACUGAUUUCUCAUCAAAUCUCUUUGAGAAUUGGCAGAAAAUCUUAACAUUCAAAAUAACUGACAAAAUAGCAAACUCGUCGAAAUUAAGAGUUGAUUUAAGAUUUUAUGCAGAGUUGGUUGCUGUAGGAAUUUUCACAAAUAAAACUGGUCUACCUUUACUGGGAAAUGUGCUGACGGUCCUCAUCAAUAUGGAUAAAGAAGAUCACAACAAUAUUUCUAUUCUCUUGUCCUUCUGUAAGCACUGUGGUGAAGAUUAUGCUGCCCUUGUUCCUAAGAAAAUUAAAGAUUAUGCUGAGAAAUAUGGUAUAACAAUCCCAAGGAACACAUUUCUACCAGCAGAGAAGCAAGCAGUAGUAAGGACGCUGCUGAAGGAUUAUUUCACCUCUCUAACUAAACAUCUCUUGGCCGAGAGAGCACAAUUACAAGCCUUACAUGCAGCAAACCAAAGAACUUUGCAUACCAGAGGUGAACUGUCACAGGAGAGAAAAGAUCAGUUAGAACAGCACCAGGCAACAUAUGACAAAUUAUUAGCAGGUGCACAAAGUUUUGCGGAAGUACUCGGAGAAGAUUUGGGAGAAGCUGGGGAGCCACCAACUUUAUCUCUAACAGUUAUUGAAACGCAAGGGACAGUAACUAUUGGUGGAAAUGAAGAAAUUACUAUGCAAGCUGGAAUUGAUCCAUGGCAAGAUGAGGAUACAAGAACUUUUUAUACCAAUGUACCAGAUUUAAAAGUUUUUAUGCCUACACAUCAAUUAAAAGAGACAAUAAAGAGUAAAGCAGAAACAGUGACUGAAGAGAUGCUGGAUGAAGAUUUAAAGGAAGAUGAGUUGAGUGACAAUGAUGAGCCGCCACCUGCUGUACCAGAUGUAGAACAAGAGGAGGCUCAGCCUGCUAAUGUUUCCAACAAGUAUGCAUUAGAUUCCUUUUUAAAUGAGUUGCCAAACUGCAUUAACAGAGAGCUAAUAGACAAUGCUGCUGUAGAUUUUGUUUUGAAUCUCAACACAAAGAAUAACCGGAAGAAGCUUACGCGAGUUUUGUUCAGUGUUGCCAGAACGAGACUUGAUUUAUUGCCAUUCUACUCAAGGUUCGCUGCAAUUUUAAAUCCUGUCCUACCUGACGUGUGUUUAGAUUUAUGUCAGAUGUUAAAGCAAGAUUUCAAAUAUCAUGUCAGGAAAAAAGAUCAAAUUAACAUUGAAUCCAAGAUAAAAGUGGUCAGAUUUAUUGGAGAAUUAGUGAAAUUCGAUUUGUAUUCAAAAAUGGAGGCUCUGUACUGUUUGAAAGUACUCUUACAUGAUUUCCAACAUCACCACAUUGAAAUGGCUUGCAAUUUAUUAGAAACUUGUGGCAGAUUUUUAUAUUGCAAUGCUGAAACACAUCAACGAACUAUGAUUUAUUUGCAACAAAUGAUGAGAAAAAAGACCGUUUCAGCAUUAGAUUCUCGCUAUGUAACGCAAAUAGAAAAUGCAUUCUACUAUGUGUGCCCUCCUGAAACACCAGCUCAACCAAAAGAAGAAGAACCACCAAUACAUCAGUUCAUACGAAAGAUCCUUCAUGAAGAUUUACAAAAGAGUAACGAAGAGAAAAUUCUCAGAUUAAUGAGGAAACUUAAUUGGGAUGAUCCAGAAAUAUCGACUAUUGCAAUUCAACAUUUGGCUGGAGGAUGGCGGGUGAGAGCCAGCGCGAGGCGAGCUCUCGCUAGACUGACUGCAGAAUUAGCUACCUGGCAAGAAAAUGUCGCUCCAGCAGUAGUUGAUACAAUCCUUGAAGAAAUCCGUAUCACUAUGGAGGAUCCACAUCCAAGAUAUAACCAAAGAAGAAUUGCCACAGUCAGAUAUCUUGGUGAAUUAUAUAAUUAUAAAUUAUUAGACUCCAGAGACGUUUUUACUGUCUUGUAUUCUUUCAUCACUUUUGGCGUAACCAAUGACCACAGCAACGUCUCCCCACUUGAUCCUCCUGAAAAUGUGUUCAGAAUUAGACUCGUUUGCGCCUUACUGGAGACAUGUGGUGCAUAUUUCAAUAGUGGAUCUAGCAAGAAGAGAUUAGAUUACUUUUUAGUUUUCUUCCAAAAUUACUAUUGGUUCAAAUAUUCUGAUCCAUGUUGGACUGAAACGAAUAAAUUUCCGAUUUACGUUAAAUAUAUAUACCAGGAAUGUUUGACGAAUGUGAGGCCGAAACUUAAUUUGUUCACAAGCUGGCAACAGUGUAAAGAUGCUAUAGAAGAGUUGAGACAGAUACUGUACCCGGAGCUUGGUGAAGAUGAACAAUAUGACAAUGAUGAUCAUGGUGAUGACAGUGUUAAUGAGGGUUUGGACACGAUUAUGGAAACGGAUGAUGAAACUGAUAAUCCACAACUGCCCGAAGAGAGCUCUGAUGAAGAUCCGAUUACUGAUAACGCUGGAAAUGAUGUCAAUGAUGUACAAAAUGAUGAAAUAAUUGUAGAAGACAGACGUCCUGCAGCUAAACCGGUAGAGGAUCUGGAAUUUGAAAAUGCUUUUGAGAAAAUGGUUACGGAAAAUAUAGCGGAACGGCAACGAGAAAACAGACCUCAACAGAGAGAUAUUGCUGUACCAAUGACUUGUCGUCAAACUACGAAAAAGACUUAUGAACAGCUUAUGCAAGGUAAAGUAGGCGUGGAGUUCGUAUUAAUGGUUAGAAAGGGAUCCAAGCCUCAAUACAAAUCGUUUAACGCGCCGCCGGAAUUUGCCAGUAAUUUGCAACAGCAAGCACUUGCUGAUAAACAAGAAAUGGAGAGAAUGAAACGUUUGACGUUAAACAUAUCUGAAAGACAAGAAGAAGAAGAGUACAGCGCCGAGAAUGGAGGGGGAUCUGGUGGAGGGGGAAAUCCGAACAGAGGGCAACAUGUCCGACAGAAAUAUCAACAUCCUAAAGGUGCUCCCGAUGCUGAUUUGAUCUUUGGUCCGAAAAAGUUUAAAUAAAUGGAGCAUGUUGGCAUAAAAUUAAAAAGCAAUAAUUCGAAACAGCAAGAAGCCUAGAAUUUAAUCCUAUUUAACCGUUGAUUAAUGUACCGAUUUAAAACAAAUAUAGUUUUUAAU